CCGGACUUGAAACUGAAAGUGAAAGUAUAUUUUUCCUUGAAUUUUACCUGACACACAAUAAAAUUUCUUUGUGCGUACUGCAGGCUGAACUUACAUGACUAAAGCUCGAAUUCAUUCAAGCAUCAAGGUGAGGCUUGUCAAUACAAUUUCUUUUCGAGAUGGCUAAUUGUAAAACCAUUAAUAACUGCAGCAUAUGUUUAUGUGGUUUCACAAAGCCCAAAAUUCUUGAGUGUUUUCACAGUUUCUGCGAAAAAUGUUUAGAAGAUUAUGCACAGAAAUUUACAGUGAAUAACCAAUUUCCAUGCGCAUUAUGUCGUAAGAAGAUAACAAUCCCUACAGAAGGUGUCAAAGGAUUUGCGGUAAAUUUUUACAUUGAAGAAAAGCCUAUGGAGGCAUCAGUUUUGCAGAAGUGUCCUGAUCACGUGGAACAACCACUUGAUGGUUAUUGUGAAGACUGUGGUAUGAUCGCAUGUCAAAUAUGCUUGAAAUCAACACACGAGGGGCAUGAUUAUAAGAGUCUCCAAGAUACUCGAAACGAUAUCUUAAAAGAAAUGGAAAAGCUAAAACAAAAACUACAUAACCAAUUACCAAAAUUUGAAUCUUACACAACUUUGGUUAGAAGCAGGAUAUCCGAAAUCAAAGAAACUGCCGAGGAGGUCUGUAAAGAAAUAGAUCAGCAAGUAGAAAAUAUCACCACAAAGAGUCGGAUCAUGGCACAAAAUCUAAAAAAAGAGGUGAAAACUGUGGCAGUUGAAGAGGAGAAAAAAAUGAACCGUCUUAUUGUGGAUGCAAAAAAUAGUAUUCAUCAAUUAAAAGCUAGCCGGGAUUAUGUUGGUAAAAUUUUGAAAACAAAUUCAAUAGAUGACAUCGUGAACAUCAAAACGCUGGUUCAGAAACAAACCCAGGAAAAUGAGGAGAAGGUCCUUCCAGAAUUGCCGAAAGUUCAGAUCAUGGAGUUUAAAGCCAAUGAAAAUAUUGAUUGUGAAUUUUUGUCGGAACAGUUGGGCGAAUUAAAUGCUAUAGAAGAAGAGAUGAUAGAGUUUGAUUUCAACAUUCGUAACAUCAAAGAUAAUGUUCAUGUGUUUGACAAUGGUGUUAUUAACAAAUGUGAUUAUAAUUGGUCAAUGAGCAUUGGGAAGGAGGUAUAUAAAAGAUCCAAGUCUGCCUUGUACAUUAUAUUCAGAAUGGAUAAUGCAGAAGACGAUGUUAAUACCAUGGUUAACCUUAGACUUGUAAACCAUAAAAAUUGGGGACAGUGUAUAAAAAAAAGAGAAGAAAAGGUGUUUGUUGAGUAUGACAAUUGCAUAGAUUGGUCCCGUGUAAUAGAUUUAAAGAAGUUAUCAGAUCCUUCUAACGGAUUUAUUGAUGAAGAAGGCAAGUUUACAGUACGAGUUCAGCUAAGAAUCAUUAACUGAAAUUAAAACAACAGAAACAUUUGAAUCAUUUUUCGUCCUAUUAUAUUACAAUCUUUACACCUUUCAGUUAGCCCCAAAAUUAAGCUACUCAUGUAUAAUAUGGAUGUAAUAUUUAUGGAGUUCCGCCCUUAUUAUUGUGAUUUUUUAUUACCUAAGAUAUGACGUCAUUCCCAAAAUAACGUCGCAACUCAGUCAGCAGACGGCUGUCCCUCGAGACAGUCUACAUUUCCUAUUGGCUUCUUUGUAUUCAGUUUUGUUUUUGUUUUGUGACGGAUGGAACUUGUACCCUAUAUGUAUUGAAUACUGAAUCGUUUCUUGAUUGAAUUUAGAGUCUAGACUACUUUUUUUUAUACAUUUCACCGAUGUGGUUACUUGUAUAGUUGAAUUUUACUACAUUCGUAUUUCGUGUAGCAUAUAGCAGAUCAUGACUCAUGCUGGCAUUGCACAAUGGGUUCUUUGGGUUGUAUUCCUAAUUGUUUUCAAAUUUGAGUGAAGUCUGUGUCACUACAGACCCGGGACUGUACAGCGCAGUGGACGCUUACGGCUAGCCCCCGGAUCCAUUCACUUUUUUUGAAUUGUCUGUAUGUUUAUGUUUUUCGGAGUAUGAUGUCCUGUCUGUGUAUUUGUUUUUGUGUAAAUUUUGUGUGGUGCAGCCCCCCUGCACUUACUAUUAAUGAUCAUUUAUUUACUGUUUAAAACAUAAUGAUAAUGGUUUCAUAUAAGUACUUUCCAUAAGUAUGUGUUUUGUUGUUUCCAUAAGUAUGUGUUUUGUUGUUGGUUUCAUAUAGUUGGCCUAUUGUUGUUACAGAAACCGUUAUAUACUCUUCAAAAAGAAGUAGGGGAUAUUCAGAAACAAUACAAAACUGCGGAAAUGCACUGCUGUUUUUAUUAGAGGUAACCAGUGUAUGUUAAUAACAGGCCAAUUGCCUACACAUGAACAUAAACAGUUCAUACGGACGGCUUAUCUGACGGCCCCAUUUCACUCGCAAAGAGAUACGCUGUCAAAAGUGAAAAUUACCGUUUUUGAUUUUUGUCUUUAUAAUAAGUAAUUGCUCCACCAAUCUUCAGACAUUCAGCAAUUCGUCAUGGCAUGCUCCUAAUCAACCAUUCAAUCACGAUUUGGGGCAAUCUGACCCUCUCCUCUUGCAGUGCACAUGCUACCGUCAAUUCUUGCAGUGUUGUCGGUUGACGUUGACGUCGACGAACACGUCUCCAAAUCAAAUUAAACGUAACACACUAAAGCAAAGAUACGCUAAACAGUAAAUCUUAUACAAGAACCGAUAGGAAAUCAAAGAUGGAUAGAUAAACCAGCACGCGGCAGUUUUCAUCAACCCGUCCUUGAAGUGUCAAAUUUGACAAUGAACCCCUCCAACGUGUAUGGCGCUAUUGCGUGUCGCAUGUGCAGCUCAGUGGUUCUGUAUGGGCGAUAAGUUCUUCAUCUGUGAACAUACUCUCAAAGCAUGUCAAAUGUCCAUGACUAUUUAUCAUAUCGCAACCUGCAUAGGUAUUUGCAUUUCAAUAUCCCCUACUUUUUUUUUGAAGAGUAUAUAUAUUUAUUGAGAGUAUUACAUAGUAAUUACAUGUUAUUGAUGUAUAAUUUAUUGUUAUUUAGUAUUACAUAGCUUUACCGAAAUAAUUAGUCUACGGUAUCUUUUUAUCUCACGUCAAUACUUAGUGAAUGAUAGAUUUGGUUAACACUUAACAUGUAAACAUGUAUCACAGUAUUAUGCUUUAAGUAGUCAUGUUUUGUCCGAUCGGAAUGAUAUCUUUAUUCCAUUUCAUUUUUGUGGUUCCGAUUUUCUACACCAUAUCAGAUCUAACACAUAUUAAGGGUGCCUGCCAUUUGGGCAGCUGACAUCGUUUGCAUUAUGCUCAAGCCUUUAGUGUUUUUAUGAAUAAUUAAAUUGAUGGUGUAUUGGAAA